CCUCCCUCAGGUGUUCAAAGGUUCAACGUUCACCCUCCAGAAUCUGUAUUAUCAUUCACAUUCACGAUAGAUAGAAGUGCAAGGCACCCUUUUAAUAUCUUGAUCUCACGGGCAAUUGACGGCACUGUGAAAAUCCCUCCGUCCGGCUGAAGUUUUUAUUACUAUCGCUAUUGCUUCCAUCUCCCUGGACGCUUCCGUAGCCUAUUAGACACCAGAUGACAUACAUUUGCCCUCCGUCACACUGACAGGCGCUGAAGCUCAUCAAAGUACUGGUUCAUCGCGGUGCAAGUGUCAAUCGCCCCGUAUGGCUUCAUUUCCACAGGAGCUUUUCGACAUCAUCAUCGACUGUUUGCAAGACGACCGCUGCAGCUUGGUCGCUUGCUGCCUCGUAUGCGCAGCUUGGGUUGAACGGUGCCGCAAAGCUCUAUAUCAGCGCAUCAAUCUGUACUCGCGCAGUGACCUCCAGCUCCUCGUGCGCACCUGUCGCAUGGCUCACAUGGAGCAUCAUCUUUUGACUCUGCGGGAGCUGGGAUUGUUCGGGCAUGGGUUGCUUGAGCCCGCCCCAGCCAAUCCCGAAUCCGCAUCUGCACCAACCGAAGGCGAAUACAUAUACCGCGCUUCGUUCCAGAUUCCGGCGAAGUUUCUGGCGAACGUCGAAAGGCUGGAAAUACGAGCGGCCAGAUGGUCCAUGCUUCCUUCCGCCAAUCGUCCCUCCAUAUCCUUCGCUGUCUUCUCCUCUGUCACAACGCUGCUGCUCAGCCAGUGCCGUUUCGAAACGUUCGGCGAAUUUCGAGAAACGUUGACUGCGUUUCCCCGAUUGUCUCAUCUAAAUCUGCAGAAUCUCUGGGUCGACACAGUCACCCCGCCUCCCUUUGGACAUUCUCCCGGACACUCUAUAAGGCUAGAAUCUCUCCAAAUCGAUUCUGGCUGUAGCGAAGAACUAUGCAGCGCCCUCUUUCGAUCGUUUCUUCGUUCGGAGACCCGUCGCUCGUUAUCACGGUUUUCAGUGAAAGGCUCUGAUAAGCGAUCUCCUUCUUCGCUUCCAUCGUUCCUGAGAAUUCUUGGGUCUUCUCUGCUCCGUCUGGAUGUUCCGCUAUCGUAUGUACAAGGAUUGUGCAGAGAGGCCAUGUUCUCUCAGCUCGCUGCUGUCGGUCUCAGCGGCGUACACAUCUCCGGUGCAUCGCCCAUAGUCGACUUUCUCUCAUUGAUCUCAAGCAACACCCUCGUUGUGCUCAACCUCUCCUUGCAGCUCGAGCUCGCGGACGAUGGGAUCGAAGUACUUGUAGGGGAGUGGUGGGAGCUGGAUGACCUGCUCUCCAGCGACCCGCGUUUCUGCAAUUUGCGCAUGGCCCACGUCGAAUUCGCACUGCCGUAUCUGGGCAAGCAGCACCUUGGCUCCUCAUCAAAAGACGGUCAGCUGGAGGAGGCAAUUGCUCAGAGACUCUCGGUGGCAUUUUCACAUUGUCAGUCUCGUGGCAUCCUACAUGUUACGGGAAACGUUGUGCUCAAGAAGCGCCGGCUGUCGGCGGCAGCAAACCCUGCUAUUGCGUCUCGAAAUCCGAACUGAGUGGAAAGACUCGGUGUUCAUUAUGUUGUUUCUGUGAUAAACACCACAGUCUGUGGUAACAAUGGUGGAAAGAGAACGUUGCUGAUACUACAUUCUAUGUGGCAUCUGUACGAGGGUACAGUCACAGAUAACUUAUCUGCACUUGAUGUGCUUGCUAAAAAUGCUGCUCUAUAUAUUAUGUCUGGCUUGUGAUUAUCCAAGAGAACUUCUAUGACUCGAC